AGCAUGUGUCAUUGCAGGGGAACAGUUAAUCACGCAGCAGAAAGUACAACUUGUUAUAUACAGGCCUCGGUUCAUCACGUUGUCUGGGUGACAACUUGAGAGCAACCCUGCUCGGUGGGAAGAGGCAGCGGAUUCCUUAAGGCUGUCAUGUGUCUUUAAAACAGUGAUAUUUUUUUAAGCUAUCAACGAAGCAGAACAGUCUGAGGUACUUCUAAUAACAAAAGAAAAAGCAGGCAAGGUAUUUAUAAUGGAUUAAUGAAAAAUAUUUUCUCUAAAACAGUAACUGACAGAUUAGAGUUACUUAAGGUGGAGAAAACUGUUUCCUUACAAAAACAAAAAACAAAAACAAAAAAAAACUUCCUCGGGAGACUUUCACAGAGCCUAAGCCAUUUGCAAACCACAGUUUCAUCUACGUCAAUCUGUAACAUUUUAAAACCACACAAAAAGGAAAGGAAAUUCUUAGUUCAGCAGGCAACCCUGCAAAAUGGGCCUGCCACUGCGGCUAACUAAACGGCUCAUCAGCUCAUGACUCUCUGAAGACCAGAUCCAGGUCUGCUCCAGCCAGAGAAGACACCACCAGAGCACUGGAUUUUUUGUUUUUUUGUUUUUUUUUAAUUAUUGAAUUCAAGCUUCUCCCUGAAGAUGACAAAUAGCUCACUGUUCUGUCCAGUUUACAGAGAUCUGGAACCAUUUACCUAUUUUUUUUACUUGGUUUUCCUCGUUGGGAUCAUUGGAAGCUGUUUCGCAACGUGGGCUUUUAUGCAGAAAACCACAAAUCACAGGUGUGUGAGCAUAUACCUAAUUAAUUUGCUCACCGCUGAUUUCCUGCUCACUCUGGCAUUACCAGUAAAAAUUGUUGUUGACUUGGGGGUGGCGCCCUGGAAGCUAAAGAUAUUCCACUGCCAAGUAACAGCCUGCCUCAUCUACAUCAACAUGUACCUAUCCAUCAUCUUCCUCGCCUUCGUCAGCAUUGACCGAUGUCUUCAGUUAAUACACAGCUGCAAAAUAUACCGCAUACAAGAACCUGGAUUUGCCAAGAUGAUAUCGACGGUCGUGUGGCUCAUGGUGCUUCUUAUAAUGGUGCCCAACAUGGUGAUCCCCAUCAAGGACAUCCAAGAGAAGUCAAACGUGGGUUGCAUGGAAUUUAAAAAGGAGUUUGGGAGAAACUGGCAUUUGUUAACAAACUUCAUAUGUGUGGCAAUAUUUUUAAAUUUCUCAGCCAUCAUUUUGAUAUCCAACUUCCUUGUAAUUAGGCAACUCUACAGAAACAGGGAUGACGCAGACUACCCGAAUGUGAAAACGGCACUAGUCAACAUCCUUUUGGUGACAGCGGGUUACAUCAUAUGCUUUGUCCCUUACCACGCCGUCAGGAUCCCAUACACCCUCAGCCAGACGGAGGUCAUAACAGACUGCUCGACGAGGAUCUCCCUCUUCAAAGCCAAAGAGGCCACGCUGCUCCUGGCUGUGUCCAAUCUGUGUUUUGAUCCAAUCUUGUACUACCAUCUCUCAAAAGCAUUUCGUCUGAAGGUCACUGAGACUUUUGCCUCACCUAAAAAGACUAAGCCUCAGAAUGAAAAAUCAAGAUGUGAGAACGACUUGUGAAAUACAGGGGGGGUUUGGCAUGCCAGCCCUUCUUUCCGACUGAACUGCAAGGCUGGUCGUAGUUUUCAAAGACAAAAGAAGAUAAUUAGUAAUAGAAGUUGCUGAUCAACUAGCAAAACACAAGGCUGGUCCCUGUGGGGGUCCUUUUCUCAGUGCAAGCCAACACUGCACUCCCAAUGGCUGCUGAUAUUCCUCAGCCCAACUGUUUUACAGGAAAAUUAACAGCAUCCUGAACCAGGGUCAACCCGGGUGACCACAGUGAGGAGAGCCAUGGCAAAGACUCGGAGGCUCACUUCAAUGGUUGCAUUCCUGAUGAAAAUAUGCCACGUCAUCUGCAUCUGCAUUGCCAGGGAGCCCUUCAGCAGCCUAAAAAAUAAAGACAUCAAAAUA